UGAUGUUCAGUUAAACAUUGGUGUUAGCAAAAUGUGGUGUACUUUUGUCUUGGUGUCGGUGGCCAUUGUGCUGUGUAACUGUGAGGAGUUAAACACGUUGAAACCGAUCUUCAAAAUGUGGUGUACUUUUGUCUUCGUGUCGGUCAUCGUUGUAGUGUGUUACUGUGAGGAGAUUUCUAUUAGCUCCACAAUAACCCCUGACACCGAACGCCAAAAACUAAUAAACAUUCUGAACACCUUGAACGAGAAAGUUGAACUAAAAUCCACAAUCAGAGAAAUUAACCAACGUUUAGAAAAUCUGGACAAACAUUACGCGGAAAUCAAAUUCAGUCCUACAACCACUUCCAACGAAGUCAGUCGUAAAUUAGAAAUCAUCGAACAGAAACUAACCGCUUCUAGAGUCAAUAUCACGAAAGACUUAGACGACAGAUUUAAAAAACUCGCCGAACUACUAAACGCAGUACCCGGAGUCACCACUAUCCCGGAAAAUUGUCUAGAAGUAAAAAAGCGUGGAAAUAAUGUCAGUGGCGUUUUCCUAAUCAAACCCAAAUUCGCGUCUGCCCCUUUUCUGGCGGUUUGUGAUUUGACCACGAGAGGUGGCGGAUGGACCGUCAUUCUAAACAGAUUCGAUGGAAAAGUGGAUUUUUAUUUAGGUUGGCAGAGCUACAAAAUCGGGUUUGGGAAUCUGGCUGGAGAGUUCUGGUUAGGUUUGGAAAACAUUCAUCAAUUAUCUGGUUACCAAGUCAACGAGCUACUAGUCGAACUAGUGGAGUCCGACAACAAAGAAACUUUUGCUAGUUAUGACCAUUUUAGUGUUGGUAGUGAAGUGGAAGGUUAUGCUUUGAAAACGCUAGGAGGGUUUAGUGGAACUGCGGAAAAUUCGUUUGCGUAUCAUGGUGGUUUCAAAUUUACCACCAAGGACAAAGACCAAGAUUUACAUACAGGAGUAAAUUGUGCACAAUCGUAUAGUGGAGCUUGGUGGUAUGGUGAAUGCCACAACAGUCACCUGACUGGUCUUUACAAAGGAGCCACAGACAAAUACAAAGGAGUUCGAUGGGGGGAGAGGUUUUAUCUGAAAAAGGCCAGAAUGCUAAUUAGACCACAACUGGAUUUCUCCUUGGCACUAUGAAGACUUGGUACCUCGACAAACGGCUUUACAAUGUGUUAAUCUUUUUUUUGUAAUUAUUGCAUUUAUAGAAGCAUUUGUAUAUCUACAA